AGGAUACCAGAAGGUCCCAUUGAUCAGGGGCCAGCUUCAGGAAGGGUUCGUGCUUUAGAAGAACAGCUUUUGAAGGCCAAAGAACAGAUUGAAAAUUAUAAGAAACAAACUAGAAAUGGUCUGGGGAAGGAUCAUGAAAUCCUAAGGAGGAGAAUUGAAAAUGGAGCUAAAGAGCUCUGGUUUUUUCUACAAAGUGAAUUGAAGAAAUUAAAGAAUUUAGAAGGAAAUGUACUCCAAAGACAUGCAGAUGAAUUUCUGUCAGAUUUGGGACAUCAUGAAAGGUCUAUAAUGACGGAUCUGUACUACCUCAGUCAAACAGAUGGAGCGGGUGAUUGGCGGGAAAAAGAGGCCAAAGAUCUGACAGAGCUGGUCCAGCGGAGAAUAACAUAUCUUCAGAAUCCCAAGGACUGCAGCAAAGCCAAGAAGCUGGUAUGCAAUAUCAACAAAGGCUGUGGCUAUGGCUGUCAACUCCAUCAUGUGGUCUACUGCUUCAUGAUUGCAUAUGGUACUCAGCGAACACUCAUCUUGGAAUCUCAGAAUUGGCGCUAUGCUACUGGUGGAUGGGAAACUGUGUUUAGACCUGUAAGUGAGACAUGUACAGACAGAUCCGGCACCUCCACUGGACACUGGUCAGGUGAAGUGAAGGACAAAACUGUUCAGGUGGUUGAGCUCCCCAUUGUGGACAGUCUGCACCCUCGUCCACCGUAUUUACCCUUGGCGGUACCUGAAGACCUCGCAGAUCGGCUCGUACGAGUCCACGGCGACCCUGCAGUGUGGUGGGUGUCCCAGUUUGUCAAAUACUUGAUCCGCCCACAACCUUGGCUGGAAAAGGAAAUAGAAGAGGCUACCAAGAAGCUUGGCUUCAAACAUCCAGUUAUUGGAGUCCAUGUCAGACGCACAGACAAAGUGGGAACAGAAGCAGCCUUCCAUCCCAUUGAGGAAUACAUGGUACACGUUGAAGAACAUUUUCAGCUUCUUGCUCGAAGAAUGCAAGUGGAUAAAAGAAGAGUGUAUUUGGCCACGGACGACCCUUCUUUAUUAAAGGAGGCAAAAACAAAGUACCCCACUUACGAAUUUAUUAGUGAUAACUCUAUCUCUUGGUCUGCUGGGCUACACAAUCGAUACACAGAAAAUUCACUUCGGGGUGUGAUCCUGGAUAUACACUUUCUCUCCCAGGCAGACUUCCUAGUGUGUACUUUUUCAUCCCAGGUCUGUCGAGUUGCUUACGAAAUCAUGCAAACACUUCAUCCUGAUGCUUCUGCAAACUUCCAUUCUUUGGAUGACAUCUACUAUUUUGGGGGCCAAAAUGCCCACAACCAGAUUGCCAUUUACCCUCACCAACCUCGAACUGCAGAUGAAAUCCCCAUGGAACCUGGAGAUAUCAUUGGUGUGGCUGGAAAUCACUGGGAUGGCUAUUCUAAAGGUGUCAACAGGAAACUGGGAAGGACGGGCCUAUAUCCCUCCUACAAAGUCCGAGAGAAGAUAGAAACGGUCAAGUACCCCACAUAUCCUGAGGCUGAGAAAUAAAACUUCGAUGGAAGAGAAGGACAACUAAACUCAGUUCAAAUCAUUUGAGCCAAACAGUAGAUGAAGAAGGCCCUGACCUUACAACACAUGGUGAAAUGAGUAGACAACUUUAAGCACCAGGAGCAACUGGAAAUGACAGAUGCUUCACUGGUGGAAUUACUCUUCAACGAGGGCUCCAACGCCCUUGAACUCAUGCACAGUCCAGUAAUGUACUCACAUAUAACAUACAAACAGGUUGUUUUCUACUGUGCUCCUUCUUUCAAGAUUAUGUCCCCAUGAACAAACACUGCCACAUUCUGUAAUUUAAGUGACACAGACAUUUUGUGUGAGACUUCAAACAUGGUGCCUAUAUCUGAGAGACCUUCGUGACCUAAUGAGAAGACCCGAAUAGCUCCCUACUAUGGGGAGGUUGAUUCUUAGCCAGUGGUGCUAUUGUAACCACUGAAUUCACUCCAAUCAGCAGAUUCAGAAUGAGAAUGGAUGUUUUUGUCUGGAUUUUUUUUUUUUUUUAAGUAAUUGCAUCAGUUCAUCCACUUCAUCAUUAAUAAGUGAAGGAUACAUCAGAAAAUAAAAUAUUCACACUCCAUUAGGAACUUUUGUAAAACAGUGUCAUGAACGGAUCUUUAGUACUCAAUGUUUCUGGACAUUCUCUUUGAUAACAAAAAAUAAAUUUUAAAA